AUGGCUUAUCCCGACCUGCCAUCCUUCAAAGCCCUCUCCUUCGACUGCUACGGCACCCUCAUACAAUGGGAACAAGGCCUCCGUUCCGCUCUCACCCCAAUCUCCUCCCGUCUCCCCUCCAACACCCCCGAGGCUGAGAACCCAGUCCUCUUGCUCCAGCGCUUCGACGCCCUCUCCGCAAAGCUCCAAGUCGCCGAGCCAGAGCUGCGCUACAACAUCAACCUCUCCCGCUCCUUUGCCACCCUAGCCUCCGAACUCAACGUCUCCGUCUCCGACGAAGAGGUCGAGAAAUUCGGAACCUUGCCGGGAACGUGGCCGCCCUUCCCCGACACCAACGCGGGGCUGGAGAUUUUGAAGAAGCAUUACAAGCUCAUCAUCCUCUCCAACAUUGACGCGGACAACAUCGCUGGGUCCGUGAAGCAGUUCAGCCCGGUCGAGUUCGAUGGCGUGUACAUUGCGCAGGAGAUUGGGAGUUACAAGCCGUCGCACCGCAACUUUGAGUACUUGUUUCAGCACGCCAAGGAGGAGUUGGGCGUUGAUCGGGAGAAGGGGGAGCUGUUGCACGUUGCGAGGAGUCUGACGGCUGACCAUGUGCCGUCGAAGGAGCUGGGGUUGAGGAGUGUGUGGAUCUCGAGAGGGGGGGAGACGAAGGAGGGAGAGGGUGUUGGCGGGGAUUAUGAGAGGUUGAGGGGGGAUGUUGGGUUUGAGUGGCGGUUUGACACGAUCGGUGACUUUGCCAAAGAAGUGGAGAGGCAGUUUCGGGAGAAGUCUGGGUGA